AUGUCGGGACCUUCGUUCUCGCGCAUGGCGCUCGCCGCCGCGCUCCUCGAAUAUGACAACGACAAUGUCGACCCGCAGAAGAUUGUCGACCACAAGAAGUCGGCAAUGUUCAGGCAAUUCGAGGCUCACAACGCGCCCUACAUUCCGCCUCUCGGCAUCGAUAGCGAAGAUACUGGAGACAUCGGAGACCCGCGGUCGUCAGCCGGCCAGCGCAGGGACUACGACCCCGAGUUCGAAUCGCGCCUGUCUGCUGAUGCGACCAUGCGCGACCCGCGGCACAGGGCUCGUACACGGUCAGUGGCCUUUUCCACCAACACGGGCCCCCGAUCGAUCAAUCUCGAGAGCGUUGAGGACGAGGACUACUAUGAUGGCAAGUACGAGGGCCGCGAUGGCCGGUAUCACCGUCCCAGUAUCGACAGCCGACAGAGCCGGGGAAGCUACGAUCACGCCGAGCGGGCGCUGAGCGAGGCGCAGCGCGUGCGGGACAUGCUCGAGGGCAGGCGUUCGAUGAGCGCGAUCGGCGCGCUCGAGGUGCGCAACGACAUGGGCGAGCCCGUCAUGGUCCCGCUGCCCGAGUCACCGCCGAAGAUGGCCUUCCCCCACAUGCCCGGGUCGCGGCCUGGGUCCGGAAUCGCCCUCGAAUCACCCCUGAGCCCGACCUUUGACCGCCCUCACAGUCGAUCACAGUCUGCGAUGAGCGCGUACUCAAACCCGCCCCUGAACCAGGACGAGCACGACCAGGAGGUCCUUCGCAACCCGUUCGAACUCCCUGCCCCGCCGCCCGAGUUCGGCUCUCGCUUCGACCCCAAGACAAUAGAGGCGCAGCGACGCUCGAUCGACCUCCCCGGCUCUCGCCCGCUCAGCACAGUUAGCAGCAAGGGCCCGCGUGCGAGCAGCUCCAUGUCGGGCGAGAUGGGCUCGUUCGGCGACUUCGCAACGCCCCGUCUGGAGCGCCGCGCAUCCCUGAUCUACUCGGAUGACGGCGAGCAGGGCGCGCCCUCGUUCAUGGGCGGCGCACCUUCUGAGGACCCUACGAACGACGACCUGCGUCGUGGAUCGCGUGUAUGGAAUGAAAUUCCGACCGCGGCAGAGUAUGGCCGUCCCCUCCGUGCACCGAAAUACACCGACCGCGUGCUGCACGUGAAGCGUCGUGAGCUGCUCCGCCCCAAGACGCUCGUCAUGCCGUCCAUCCUCGAGGGCACCGAGAAGCAGAAGCACUCGGUGCAUGUUCCGGAAGGCUUCACUCUUGGCGAGAAGCCGCUGCCCGAGGAUGCGCGCGCAUCAGUCCUCAACCUCGGCCACGGUGUGCCCUUAUCUAUGGCCCAGAAGACGUUCCGUUCCUCGCUCAUGGUCGGAGGACACCGCGAAGACGCAGAGUACUUUGCAGGCACGGCGGCUGAGGGUGAGAUCAUCGCUGGAUACGAGGGAGAGGAUGACGAGGAGGAAGAGGACAUGCACAUGCGCCGCAAGCCCGGCAAGCUCUACUUGCGCAAGGAACAAAUGCACAGCAAGCAACGCCAGUUCUGGGGUGACAACCGCCCUUCGAUGAUGGCGCGCCAGUCGACGCUCAUCGAUCAGAACGCACUGCAUGCGCCGCUCCAGCCACCCGUUCAGAACGAUGACGACCUGCUGAGCCCGCAUUCCCGGUCUGUGCCCGGGUCACUCAACAAGCGCCCGAACACGAUGCACGACGUGCCGGCUCUGAACCUGCCGGAUGGCGAUGGAGGCGACAGUGCGGACCAGCGCAUGGCCAAGUCGCGCUCCGUGUUCGGUGUCGACACCGUGUGGGAGCGCGAGAUGGUCAAGCUCAAGGGCAUCCAGGAGGCGCAGUCGAAGGCGGACGCGGAGGCAGCGGCGAAGGAGGCAGAGAAAGAGCGCAAGAAGGCCGAGAAGGCCGAGAAGCGCAAGAGCCGCUGGGGACGCAAGAGUAAGAUGCUUGACGCCUCGGAUGUCCCGCAGUUUGACGAGAGCGGCCGCCCCAUGUCGAUGAUGCCCGAUACGCGCGGGAUGGGCUCGCUGAACUCGAUGAACAGUGACUCGCGCAUGAGCCGCCUCAGCAUGAUGGACCCUCGCAUGGGCAGCGACGAUAUCGAGGAGCUGGACGGCAGGUACGACGGGCAGUACGAUGGCUCGAACGCCAGCACAGCUGAGCGCGUACCCGCCCGCCCACCGACGUUGUCGUUCGAGCCGGAGAGCCCCGCUAUUGGGUCUAUCGAGCCUGAAAAGCCGGCACCGCCACCAGAGCGCCGCCCCGGAAGCCGCUUAGGUGUCGACGACUGGUUCCAGAGCAGCGACGAGGAGGACGGAGGCAACGGCGCACGCAGCAGGAACAGGCCAGUGUCCUCUCAGCCGCCGCAGCGCGCCGUUCCUGUAUCCGACAGCGAGUCCUCGGACGGGGAGUUGCCUCUCUCGCGCCUCCGGAGGGUGCAGGUCGACGAUGACGACAGCAGCUCGGACGAAGAUGUGCCCCUCAGUCGUAUCAAGGCCCAGGUGGCCGACAGUGACGAGGAGGUGCCUCUUUCCCAGCUGAAAAAAGGAGGUUUACCGCCUCUCUCGCUCGACACCGGGGCAAGCUCAGGAUCGCUCGGUUUACUCCCCAGACAGGCUUCGCCGAGAUCGCCAGGCUCUGGUGCCGUCUCUGACGCCGCUGAGGCUUCCGGCGGUGCCACCCCGCAAUCGGGUGAGGCCACCGACAUCAAGUCGCCCGUCGCUGUCCCGACCAUCUCAAAGCCUGCCAACGACGACGACGAUGACGAUGAGCCGCUGCUCAUCCGACAGGCGCGCCGGUCGCGCAUGGUCAUGUCACCUGCGGGUGGAGAGUCUGCCUCCGGCUCGAACACUGGAGCCAACCAGACCGUCGAGGAGAUUGAGGACGACCUGCCUCUUGCGUGGAAGCAUGCUGGCGCCGCGCAGCGUCAGCAUGAGGCGCGGAAGGGCGCGUCGCCGCAGCCGGGAAUGCAACCAGGCAUGCAGCACAUGCCCUCGUUCUACGGCUCGCCGUACGGAAUGGGUGGCAUGCCCGGUAUGACGAUGUCUGCCUACGGCAUGCCGCAGAUGGGCAUGAUGCAGCAGCCGAUGAUGGGCAUGCCGAUGCAGCAGCCCAUGAUGCCGCCGCAGAUGAUGGGCGGCAUGCCCGGCAUGGGCAUGGGCGGCAUGGGUAUGCCUGGUAUGGGAGGGAUGGGCGGAAUGGGAGGCAUGGGGAUGCCCGCCUUCGAGGACCCGGGGAGCAACAUCGACCAUUGGCGCAAGCAGGUCGAGCUUGCGCCGAUGCCGACCGGCUCGGGUCAGAGCAUUCAAAAUUCUGAGAUCGCCUCCACCUGCGACAACACCACCUUACCACAACCCACGACCCACGCCUCUCGAGCCGCCGCGAUGUCGACGACAGAGACACAGGCCGCCGAUGCCGCCAUUCCGCAGAGUCUGGACAAGCUCGCCUCCCUGCUCGAGAACAGGGAGCACCUGCUCGCGCUGGACGGCGACGCGCAGCUCGCCGAGGGAGCGCGCGCCGCGACAAAGGACAUUUUCGACCACGCCAUCUCGCUCGAGCCCGAGUCGCACCCGCAUCUGCACCCCUUCCUCGUCUCGAUCCUGCAACCCCCGUCUAUCGGCCUCCGAUCCUCGACGCGGCAACAGGCCGAGGAGCCCGAACCCGCCAAGCCGGAGGAAGUCCUCCCUUACACGCCCCUGAGCGUUCUGACCGUCGACGGCCUGGACCCGGAACAGAUCUGGGCGCAGCUCGAGCUCCGCAACGAGGGCGUGUGCAAGGUCGUCAAGGAGGUUGGCACGGGGGAGGAGCCCGAGGUCGACGACGAUGACGAGGAGGGAGAGGGAGACAGCGAGGAGGACGACAGCGAGGAGAUGGGGAGCGACGAGGAGAUAAGCAUCGAGGAGUGGAACCGCAUGAUGGCCGAGGGAGGGUAUGAGGAGGGAGAUAGCGCGAGCGGGUCCGAAGACGAGGAAGGCGACUCGGAGGACGACAGCGAGGACGAGGACGACACUGUCCAGUUUGAGGACGGCACGAAGAUUGGCGACUCCGACUCUGAGAUGGAUGAGGACGAGGAGGAUGACGAUGAGGAUGAUGAGGACGAUGAGGAGGACGAUGAGGACGAUGAGGAGGAGGAGGAGGAGGACGACGACGACGACGAGGAGGACAUCCCCGACGUCGACAUGGACGACGACGACGGACUAUUCCCGACCGCUGGUCCAAGCAAGCGGAAGAAGGCCAAGCACCCGACGCUCGACGACGAGUUCUUCUCCAUCGACGACUUCAACCGCAUGACGGAGGAGCAGGAGGCGGAGCGUGUGACGUCUGGCCGCCUCGGCGGUGACGAGGAGGACGACGAGCCUGAGCUCGACGACUUCAGCUCCAUGUUCCUCGCGUCGAACGACAACCCCGCCGAGAUGACGUACGCCGACUUCUUCGCACCGCCCGCACGCGACGCUGCCCCGUCAAAGAAGGGCAAGGACAAGGACGCCGGAAAGAAGAAGAAGAAGGCUGCGCGAUUCGAGGAGUCCGAGGACGAGGACGAGGACGAGGACGAGGGAGAGGAGGUGCACGGCGUCAUGGACCGGGUGAAGACGGAUCUGUUCGAGGACAGCGAGGAUGAGGGCGACGAGGUCGCGCUCUCUACGCACGAGAAGCGGCAGCGCGAGCUCGCCGAGCAGAUCGCUGAGCUCGAGCAGCAGGCCAUCGGUCCCAAGGACUGGACGUUGAUGGGUGAGGCGUCUUCGCGCGCCCGACCGGAGAACUCGCUCCUCGAGGAGAACCUCGACUUCGAGCACGUCGCCAAGGCCGUCCCGGUCAUCACGGAGGAGAGCGUCGCGACGCUCGAGGAGCUGAUUAAGAAGCGCAUUCUUGACGGCAACUUCGACUCGCCGGUCCGCGUACGAGCAUUCGAGCCGACAGCAUUCCUUCCCUCGCGCUUCUUCGAGCUGGACGACAAGCAGAGCGCCAAGUCGCUGGCCCAGAUCUACGAGGACGAGUACACCGCCGAGGCGUCGGGCACGACAGCACGGGAUCCGCGGGACGACAAGCUCGCAAAGGAGCACCAGGAGAUCGACCGGCUGUGGGACGAGGUGUGCUACAAGCUGGACGCGCUCAGCUCGCUGCACUUCGUCCCGAAGGCGCCCAAGGCGGCCAUCACGACGGUGGACAACAUCGCGACGGCGAGCAUGGAGACGGCGCUGCCGGCGCAGCAGCGGGCGACCUCGAUGCUUGCGCCGCAGGAGCUGUUCGCCGGCCCCUCCGCCGCGGAUCUGCAGGCGCGCAGCGAGCAGACGCCCGAGGAGGCGAAGCGUGCGCGCUCCAAGGCCCGCAAGGCGCGCAAGGCGACGCGCCAGCGCAUCGACGCCACGGCGCAGCUGUACGGCAAGAAGAAGAUGACGGUCCGCGAGGAGAAGGACGCGGCCCUGAACCAGCUCGUCAAGAGCGGCAAGGGCGUGACGGUCCUCGGAAAGGGGGCCAAGGAGGAGGGCAAGAAGCGCAAACGCGACGAGGGAGAGCAGGACGGAAAGCGCCUGAAAUUGUAG